UCUUCAUGGGCUCUGGGCACGCCCCAAGAAGGGGGGGUCCCAGGCUAGUAGGGUGGAACCCGCGGCCUCAGCCUAAGACGGUGGGACAACCUGCCCCAGAGCACAGCCACAGCAAGGCCACCUGUCCAGGUCCCCAUCCCAGGCUUGGCAAUGACCCUGGCGGCUUCCUCCCAGCGCUCCCAAAUCAUUCGCUCCAAGUUCCGAUCUGUCCUCCAGCUUCGGAUCCACAGACGGUAUCAGGACCCGAGCCUCUCGGGAUCCUUCACCGCCUCUCCAGUCUCAGAUUCAGAUCCCUGGAUCUCAGCCUCAGCCCCAGCUCUGGCCCCCACCGCAGCCUCACCCUCAGGUCCUGCCCCUCUCUGCUCCAGUCUGGGCGUUCUGCACCCUGAGUCACAACGCUGCCCUUGGAAGUCGCUGAAGAAGGAGUCGCCCAAGAUCUCCCAACAUUGGAGGGAGGCCAAGCCAAAGGGGAACUUGACAUACCACCAGUACAUUCCCCCAGAGCCAAGACAAGGGUCUAGGGCAGACCCUCAGGCCAAAGGAUCGGCUGAGGGUCCCCCUGGGCCACCUCUGUGUGAAGAGAUGAAAUCACAGCAGCCACCUUCUAGGAUGAAGCCCACUCCCCUCCCUCCCUCCCUCCCAGGAGUCUCCAACCCCUCGUCUCCUUCACACAAGUUGGAACUUCAGACCCUUAAACUGGAGGAGCUGACGGUCUCAGAGCUCCGGCAGCAGCUGCGCCUGCGGGGCCUCCCGGUGUCCGGGACCAAGUCGAUGCUCCUGGAGCGCAUGCGCGGAGGGGCCCCGUCCCGCGAGCGGCCGAAGCCACGGCGCGAGGACUGUCCCGCGGGUGCUCCCUGGCCACGCCUCAGGCCUAAAGCCCUCGUAGCCGCCCGACGGCAGGGUUCGUCCAAGCCAAGCCCAGCAUCUCCCCUGCCCGCUGUUCCUCGUGCCGCGGGAAACUUCGUGACCGCUCCGGCUCCGUCUCAGUCUCCGUCUCCAACUCCGGCUCCAGCUCUGACCCCUUCCUCAGCACCAGCCUCAGCAGCCCUGACUCUGGAGGAGGAGCUGCAGGAAGCGAUCCGGAGGGCGCAGUUGCUACCGAACCGGGGCAUCGAGGACAUCCUGGAGGAUCAGGUGGAAUCUGGUGACCUGCUGCCCCCUAUCCCCCUGGACUUCCCAGGCUCUUUCGAUGUGCUGUCCCCCUCCCCAGACUCCGAAGGCCUCUCAUCUGUCUUCUCUUCCUCGCUCCCGUCCCCCACAAACUCCCCAUCCCCGUCUCCCAGGGGCCCCAUGGACUCCUUGGACUGGCUGGAAGCUCUGAGUGGGGGUCCUCCACUGGGCUGUGGUCCCCCAGCCCCCAGCAUCUUCUCCACUGAUCUAUCUGAUUCCAGUGGCACCCGGCUGUGGGACCUGCUGGAGGGUCCCUGGUGAAAGAUUCUGGGUUUCUGAGGGACUGAGAACUGGUAGGGAUGGGGAGGUCACCAAGACAGACUCCUUGAGGGAGGAGUCGGCACAACUAGCAGAAUCCCCUCCCACCACAAACCCAGAAUCAGAAACGACCCUCAUCUCCACCUGGCCCCUAAAUGCUGCCCACAUGCCAACCACCUGACUUUCGCCUGCCCUGACCUCCACGAUCGUGUGGUGGGGGAAGGGAGGUCUCAUUUGCUGCGGUCCAGGGCGAACAAUCUGCUCGCUGCUUCCUUCCGAGACCUCUUGGAUGUCUUCUUCUUCUCAUCCUACUCACUACACGGCUACCUGUCGCUGGGGCAUCGGGAAGGUGGUGUAUGCUUUUUUUGGAUGCAGGAGAGGGGCAGGAAGGAGUGGGGAGGGAGAACAGAGAACUAGGCUUCCCUCGGCUUUCGGUUGGAAGUGAGAAAAUCAGAACCGUUACGUACGAGGUUAGAUUCUCUUGGAAGCAGAGCCUGAGACAAGAUCCACGUGUCCAAGAUUUAUUAAAGAAAUGCUCCCAGGAGGAAGCCAAAGGGAGUGGGUGAAAUGGGACAGCGAGAGGGAAGAAGAGCACCAGGUAUGUGCUGUCAGGUGAAGUUCCGACCUCAGCCUGGUCCCUGAGGAUAUAUGAAGUUGUGGAGUCUUUCCCACCUUGCAAUAAAUGGAACUGGGCCUUUAGGGCAAAGGGAGAUCCCCGUUUAGGUUUUUAAAGCUGAAUCACAAACCACCUCAAAAUGUAGUGUCGUAAAAUUAUCACUGUCUACAGUUGUUCACAAUUCUGUGGGUUGACUGGGCUCAGCCAGGCGGUUCUUCAGCACCAUAUGCUGUCGGCUAGGGCUGUGAGAUCCAACGUGGCACUCUCAUACGUGUCUGGAGCCUUGGCAGGGGUGGCUCCUAGGCUGGACUCAUCAGGGCUGGAAGAAGCUGGACUUCUCUCAUUCUCCGUGCGGUCUCAGUGCCCUCCCUCUGCAUGUGGUCUCUCCCACAGAGACAUGGACUCCUUAGGAGGUAGCUCAGGUCUUUGCCAAAGUGACCCUCCCUCGGAGAGGAAGUGGAAACUGCCAGUCUCUUAAAGACUGAGCUUGGAACAGACCCAAUGUUCCUUCCACCGUUUGUAUUGGUUAUUGCAAGUCAGGCCAUCCAGGCUGAAUAUGGGAGGCGACUACUCCAAGGUGUUAAUGGGGGGAUGGCAUGGUCACUGGGGGCCAUAUUUGGAGACUUGCUACUACACCUCUCUGUUUAGUCAUGGGCUCCGUGUCCUGAGAGGGGGCUGGGACACAAAGUCCCAAGCACUUAGACCCCAAGAGGCAUCCUGAGAAGAGGGCCACAGGGUAAUUUGUUAGCAGCAAAGUGUUUUAAAGUGCAGAUGUUAUUAUUUCGAGUGAGGCCAAUAGGUCAGAUGAUCGCCAUUGAAAAGACAGUCUGUUAGCCCUGACGGGUUUGGCCCAGUCGGUUGGGCAUCGUUCUGCAAAGUGAAAGGUCUCCGGUGCAAUUCCUGGCCAGGGCACAUGCCCAGGUUUCUGGGUUUGUUUUCAGUCCCAGUUGGGGGUGCCUAGAGAGGAAGCCAAUGGAUGUUUCUCUCUCACAUCGCUGUUUCUCUCCCUCUCUUUCUCCCUCCCUUCCCUCUCACCACCCCUCCUCCCAAAAAUAAAUUAAAAAGACAGUUUGUUAUUCUCACAGAUCCCAACAGAACAGAGCAUCACAAGCCAUGCAGGGCCACACAGGGAAGCGCCAGGGUCAGCCAGGAGGCAGAGGCAGAGAGGGGAACCGUGGUGAGAGCAGUUGCUGUGGCUUCUUCAAGAAGGAGCACAUGGGGCGGGAUAAGGAGGCUUAAGGUUAGCUGGUUUGAAUAAUUUCAGCAGCCUCGUGGGGUCCUGAGGUACCUGGAACCUGGCCCUGGGGAGAUCAGGCUGAAGGGUCACAUCCUGGAGUGUAAUGUCUUGAAAAGGGAAGUGGCAGGGAGCCUGGGCUGUGGGCUGCUGGGUCCGCGUGGGAAAGGCCUGGGCAUGGGUGCGCUCAUGAUUACCUCCAGGAAUUGGCUGGCCCUGUCAGCCAGGCCCCAGAUGUCAAAGCACCACCCAUACAGAAGAAAAAAAAAGGCACAGUUAUUGCACAAAGCUCUCAGCAGCGGGGUGCUGGGUGAGCAGAACUGAGAAGUGUCCACUACAGGUGGAAAGGGACAACAGAUCAGUCCAUGGGCCAGGACCCAGAGCCAGUGAUGUCCCCUUGUCUUGCUGGCAGUGUCCUCAUCUGUGCUGGCAGCCAGUGUGGCUGAGAGAGCUCACUGAGAUAGUCUACAAACUGGCCCUGGCAUGUGAGAUGUGCGGAUAAAUAUUCUUUUAUUUUUUUUAUCCUCCCCUGAGGACAGUCUUAUGGGUUUUAGAGACGGGGGAAGAGAAGGAGAGGGAGAAAAACAUAAAUGUGAGAGAGAAACAUUGAUCGGUAUCCUCUUGAACACACUCCGACCAGGGACCAAACCCCCAACCCAGGCAUGUGCCCUGACUGGGAAUCGAACCUGUGACACUUCGGUUAUGGGACGACACUCCAACCAACUGAAUCACACUGGCCAAGGCUAUGCCAGUGGUGCCUCAUUAUGCAGAAAGCUAGUGGACAUUAGAGAUCCCCCCUGAAAACAAGGCAAAGGCGACCUCUGGUGUCUUCAGAAUGCAUCAGGUAGGAUUCCAUCCUCACUUUCCAGCUGACACCAUUGAAAAUCAAAGAAGGGGGCUGAUAUGCCCAGGGCCACACAGAGCGGGGUUUUCCAUCAGGUUAAUGAGUCCACGGCAUGUGUCCUCAGAGUUGAAAAGACGAAGACCCUCCGUCUCUGCUCUGGUGCAGCUCAGACAUUUGCAGAGAGAGAGAGCCCCAGCACAAGGCAAUAAGUAUUUUCACAGCAGUGGCGCAUGAGAUUGCAGGGCCGUGACUCCCAGGAAAGACCAGAAGCCGUUGGAGAGGCCCAGAGUGACCAGGGGAAGGAUUUUGCUGACAUUUCAAGGAUCAGGAGGAGGUGCACAGAGGAACCACCUGGAAGCCCGCAUCCUUGUGGAGGCAGACCAACGUGCAAAGGCCUGAGGCUGUGAGGGGCCAAGUCACGUGGGGAACCUUGUGAGGUCAGGUUCCUGGAGCACAAGGUGGGUGGCUGCUGGGCCUUGCAGGACCCUUCAGGUCAGGCUGACAGCUGGUGGGAAAGGGGUGCAGCUGUCAGAACAUCAAGAAGGGCCGUGGUGGGCGUCCUCUCUGUUUCCAGAAACAUACUUCUAUGCUGGUAACUAUCUCCAUAUUAAUCUGUUCACAUCUCUGCCGACACGCCGUCCAUGUCACUGCCUCCACCUAUCCUGUGUCCAGAGGAGGGCAGCCUUGGGCUGCAAGCCUGUGAGGCCUGGGAACAGCCCGCAAGUCAGGGGUGGAGGCUGAGGAAUUCUCCAGAAGGUGGAGGUUCCAAAGAAGGGGCAGGCGUGGGAGGAGGUGCGUGAGUUGGAUCCCAGAACCUGAGGGAAGGGCUUGGAUCCUGCACUCUCCCCUGAGGCCUGUGGCCCACCCGCUUCUGCAGACCUUUCAGCCCCUCCUUCCUGCCCCUGAGAAGAAGGCUGGGCCUCCCCCAGGGGGUGCGGGGAAAACGGAGAGUUGGCCCAAUGUUGGGGCGAAGGGAGCAGGAAGUCGGCUGGGGAGUCUGCUGGGAAGUCCUUAGCAGCCACAGGCGACCCCCUGCACCACGCUGGCCAUCCUGUGAUCACGAGACCGCGGGAGAAUGGACAUUACACGCGGUUGGACAGGACGCAAUAGUGUCACGAGUCGCCUAGCUGUGCUGCAUUGAAACGUGUACUCCCUGACUCAGCAAAUUCACUUCUAAUAAUAUAUCCUAAAAACGCAGUAUUAGCUCGCAUGCAGAAAGAUCUGUCACACUACAGCCGAGAGGGCCUGGCGACAAGGACGUGCUUGUCGGCAUUAUUUAUAGCAACAAAGCCCAGCAAACAACCUACAACCCUUCCCUUGGAGAAUGCGUGUGCCGCCAUCGAUCAGCUCGAUGGAACCAUUUGCAACUACCGAAGGGACUGGAGAGAUGUUUCCGACGUGGCAGCUUAAAAAAAGAGAGUAAGUUGCCAAUGUUUGCAGGAUUCCAUAUUUUAAACCACACACACACCCCCCCCAAAAAUGAUAUUUGAGCCUUUUACAUUUAUUAAUUUUUAAGUUUUUACAGCUUAAGGUUUUUUUUUCUUUUCCCACAAGCAUGCUUUUCUCCCCUAAAUGGCUCAGUAUUGUUUGUUAAGAAUCCAUCCUUUCCUCUCAAACUUGUAAUGCCACCCUCAAAAUACAUUAAAUUCUCAAAUGGGUUUCUGUUCA